UGAGCUUUCGCAUUCAGUUCACAAGCUUUACGUACGUUGUUCAAGUGAAAUCGUCUUGCGUGCUAUAUAAUCAGACUAAAUCAAGUAUUUAUUUAAUAUUUAUUACCGAAUUUGUUGGCUAUAAAGGAUGCCACGCCGUAUGGAUAACACUAAAACAAUAUUUAUAUUCUGGUGUGUCUUGAAUACGGCGUUCAGCGUGCCUAAUUCGUCGAUACCACAAAAAUUAGAUGAUAUACCAUAUACGACAUAUGAACCAAAUACGACAUAUCAACCAUAUACGACAUAUCAACCAUAUACGACAUAUCAACCAUAUACGACACGUCGAAUGCCAAAAGUAUUCAUCGAUUUGCCUGUAUCCAAAACCAAACAAUCUUUGUUGGCGGUAAAUUUCGAACUGAAGAGUACUACAACGAUGUCUUUGGAAUCAACGACACAUAGGUCAUUUUCCACGGAACAACCUUUGUAUCGUUUGGAUCGCAGUAAUGGACAAGCUUGCAUUCUCUUACAAGUAGAUGCUCUGAUUACGGUGAAAUAUCGAACAAAAUUCGGAGAUGAUGAAGAAGUGAGCAUUUAUGUUCCAAAUGAUGCCACUGUGACAGGCAAUUGUGAUAACGAAAAUACAGUGACGAUGUCACUUAAAUGGAAAGCAUUCUUAUUAUCAUGGAGUUUCGCAAAGACACCUGGUGGCGAACGAUGGUACGUUGAGAAAAUCGAACUUACAUAUAACUCGAGUGAUCGGCAUUUCGAACAUAUCGAUCAACCAAAUAAGACAAUAAGGUUGAGCACUGGACAAAAGCAUAGCUCCAUGUUGUUCCCGACACCAGUUGGAAAAUCGUACGCUUGCAGUGGUGAGACAGAAAUUCCAUUGACCGAUGGGAAAAAUCACGCCAAAUUGCUCCUCAGAGAUAUGAAACUGCAACCGUUUAAAUUCAAGAAUAACGAAUUUGCAGCGGAAUUCUCGUGUACAUCAUUAAGCGCACGAGGAUUUAGGGACGAAACCGCGCCUGUUGCGGUUGGCUCGACCUUGGCUGCUGCCGUUCUACUUACUAUUGCCGGUUACGCGGCCUAUCGUUAUUUCAAAGUGAAGAAAGUCAAAUAUGAUACUAUGGAAUAAGGGCUCUUUGGAAACGCUGCCUAAGACGAUGUAAUUUAAAAGACGACCAAUCUUUUCUACGAGAUCCUUUUCUCUAGUUGCGUAGUCGUCGUCGUCGUCGUCGUUAUACAACGGUAUUUUGCUCGACUGAUCGACAACGUCAUCGGUAUAAGCGUUCAUUCUUGAAUUUCAUAGAAUGUUGGCGUUUAUUAGUUUACUCGCGUCGAGUUAUCCGACUGAAACAAGGAACAAGAAGAUUAGGCAACAAUAGAAAAAAAAAAAAACUUUUAUCUAAGAAAUAUCGUUUCCUUCUAAUUAUUACCCGAUUCUCUAACAAUCGUAAAAUUUUAUCGAAUUGUUUGGUUCGAAGCUAAUAUUGAUCGUAAAACAAAGCGUAGGCGUAUCGUGUCAAAUAGAAUUUCCUCGGUUUGUAUUUUUAGAUUGGUAUUAAAUUCUUCUUUGAAAAAUUUUCUGAUUCUUGCAAAAGAAUCGAUUAAAAUGCAUUAAAAACGAUUGUAUAACAACUAUAUCGCGUAUUUCGAAUAAAUAUUGCAAAAUACGUGUUAAAUUCGUAUUUGCAAGCUCUGAUGGUUGUAUCGAUAAAUAUCGAAUACUAAUCCACUAUUACUAUAGAUAUAACUAUAUAAUUUAACAUUAUUUAAGAGAACAACUCAGAGGAUAAAGCUUUAUAUGACAGCUUGCUUCCCGACAAGGUUUGCGUUUGUCGUAUUUUGCAAUGUGAAAAACAUUGUUUUAGCAUAGUUAUAUAAGUCGAAAGAAAUUAAUCCUAUCUACGUUAUGAUAUAUAUUCAAAUUGGUGCAAUUUUCGAUAAUUUGCUUAAUCUUGAUAUACAUAUAUCUCGUUUCCAUUAUAAUUGUAAAAUUAUACCAAACCUUCGACGAUAUCUUUGGAAGCUUAAGAAAAGCAAGCCCUAAUUGGCAGCUGAUAAUGAGAUUCGUUAAAGAAACGAAUAGAUGUGCGUGGUUUUCAUCACAGAAACACCCCAUCUUUUGACAUCGGUCACGUGGUUCUAGUUUAAGAUUUGAUAAUUUAUUCUGAUUUUAAAUGUAUAUAGUAUCUACAUGUACGACGUUACCGUAAACGUCUAAAAUUGCAAAUAAGAAGACUCAAAUAUUAUAUUUACUUUUACAUUUACGAUUGAAUUAAUUAUAAAUGCUAUCGAUUAGAAAAUUGUUUUCACUGUUUUACUUCAAGCGAACGAGGUAAAACAAAAAAUUGAUAUAAUUUAUAAAUCAUGAUUCGAGGUCUCGUACCUGCAUUUUACAUGCAUAGAAUUAUCGCUAGAAUAGGUCAUUUCAUUUAUUAUCUUCUAAUUCUCGAUGUAACAUAUCAUGUAAAUAUUUUAGGACGCGGUCGAUAAAGCUUGUCAUAAAAAGUACUUCGUUUCUUAGAAGAAAAAGAAUGUUUUUCUUUUUUUUUUUUUUGUUUUCAAAUAUCCAUUGUUUAUUAUCCUACUCGUUUUCUGUUUUCUUUUCUUUUCUUUUACUUUUUUUUUUUUUUUCGUUCUUGAAACGAAAUCAUUCCUCGAUUAACACGAGCUUUCACGACCGUGUCGUAUUUUUAAAUAUAUACCUUUAAAAUAUUGCGAAUUCGUUACUCUCUAGUCAAUGGAUAGUCCAUUGUCGUGAACAUAUCUUGACGCGUAAACUUAUUAUCCCCGAGAUGAUCGAGCAAAAAAAUCGAAGAUUUAUUGCCUCUUUGGAAUGGAAUGGAAAUAAGAGAAAAUCUUAUUCGAUCUUCGAUUAUAUACUAUUGUAAAAGUUUCGAAGAUACGAAAGGAAAAGCGUACAUCUAAAGAGGCAACAGGAAGAAAAUAUAUCGAAUCGAACGGUCGGUUGACGAAUGAUGACGUAUUAAACGUAAUCUGCACGCGAGCGUAUAUGUUUACGCGUGUUCGGCAGGAAUAAACUUACAAUUAGAGAUAUGUGCGUAACACGAACCUCUGUCUUCCAAACGUGUAUUAAAGUUGAACUUUCGUGUGUAUUAUGUAUACGUAUAUGUAUACAUAUUUAACUACGUGUACAUUUAUACAAGACACAUGUAUUGCACAUAUGCGUAUAUUUAUGAAUAUGUAUACACUCAUAUGCUAUGUACACAAACCAUGACACACACAUACACACACACACACAUAUACACAUACACAUACACAUAUAUAUACACAAUAUUUAAUAUAUUUGGAGAACGAGAGAGAGAGAGUGGGGAAAAGAGAGAAAGAGAGAGAAAGAAAGAAUGAUAUUAUGGAUAUCGUAUGUCUCACUUCCGUAACAAAAUCGACAUGAUCGCACUUGAUUCACGAUGUUACGUCGGCAGAAUAAAGGAAUGUGUGUUUCUUUUUUCGCGCGGUUCGAAUAAUUCGGAAGACGUGAAUCUAGCAAAUCUAGUAUACUCUUUACAGAGUGAUGUGAUGUUCACGUUUGAAUUUUUUGAAGAUACUACAAUAAACUAAUUUAGGAUCCGUCGGUAUGCAAAACUAUGGUUUAGAUGUAAUUAUAAAAAUGUAUUUUUGUGCUAAAGUAAAUCUUAUUAUAAAUAUUAUUCAUAGCUAUAGCUCGAUUGAUCGAAGAUAACACGAUGUGACUUUCAAUGUUUCCCGUUACAAGGCGUUAUGACAGCGAAGUGUUGCCAGCUAAAAGUGAAAUGCGAACGAGAGUAAAAAGAUUUAUACAAAGAAAAGAGAUCGUGGGAGGUGGGAGAUAUAAUGAGAAUAUACGAUGAUAAAAGUGCGAAGCCGCGACAGCUUUGAGAAUUGAACAUCAAUAAAUAAAUAAUGAGGAUAACAUCACGAGAAUCAUAUAGUUCGACCUAUUUCUGCAAUUUUGAAUCUGAUAAGAAUCAACGUGACGCGAGAUAUAAUUCACAAAGACGAAAUACAUAUGUACUUAUAUCGAUAAAGCGUGUUGAAUAAAAUUGUAUCAUAUCGAUAAAAUAAAGGCUGUUAUACAAG